AUGAUAUAUGUUGUGAAAUAUUUAUUUCUGAUUUACUAUAUAAAUACAAUAUUUUUAAAAAGAGUUUUAUUUUGUUAUUCAUAUAAUUUAUCAGAUAAUUUUUCUUUAUAUAAUAAUUUAAAUUUUGCCUCCUACACAAGAAAUAAAAAAAGAAAGAAAAUAAAUAAAUAUCAUAAUAUUUAUUAUCAUAAAAGUGAUUUACAUUAUGAGAAUAAUAUCGCGAAUAAUUAUAUAAGUAAUUCUUGUUUUUUAAAUAAGUAUUAUUAUAUAUAUCAUAAGAAGAAACAUAAAUUAAAUUUUGUUAAUAGUCCUAUUUUAUAUGAUGAUGAGUGUAUUUUAAAAAAUCCUUUUAAUUCUUUUACAACAAAGGAAGGAAUAAAAAAUAAAAACAGUUACAAAAAUGUAAACAUAAAUGUUAUGAGAAAAAAAGGUAUGAUUUAUUUAACGUUUAAUAAUAAAAAAAAUGAUAACACUAUUAAGAAUGAUAGUAAUUAUGAUGUUGAUAUAUUGGAUACAUGCAACAUGGAAGAAACAAAUAUUUUACCUUCAACGAGCUGGGGACACUUUUCUCUUUUUUAUGGUUCACCUUUAAAUAGAGAUUAUUAUACUUAUGAGGAUAUUAUAAAAUAUAUACAAACAAAUAAAAAGAGCUUCACAAGGUGUAUAAACAAUAAUAAAAAUAAUGACAACAACAACAACAACAACAACAAUAAUAAUAAUAAUAAUAAUAAUAACAAUGUAGAUGUAACAAAACAAACAUUUAUUGAUAAAAAAUGCAUACUUAUUAGAGGUCGCAUAGAAAAAAAAAAAAAACAAUCCAAACGGAUUUUCUUAUAUGUAAGAUUAAAUAAUGGUAUCUACUUAACAUGUGUAUAUGAAAAAAAAAUUACAACAAAUAAAAAUAAUGAAUCUAUAUAUCCAAUAGAUAAUAUGUAUACCUAUAUAAAGAAUUUAAAAAAUGAAAGUGUUAUAGAUAUUGUAGGAAAGAUUAAAUUACAUGGAAUUUUAUAUAAACACGACGUACCAUAUAUAGAAAGCUUUCUUAAUCAAAAAACUAUCGAAAUUGUAGUACAAAAAAUUGAUUGUAUUUCAGAAUCGUUUUAUAAUCCUCCAAUUAGCAUAAAUGAUAGUGAUAUGAACACAGACAGGAUGAAAAUGAUCAUAUGGGGGGGGGAUAAUAAAAUUGAAGAUACUGAUAAAGAUGGUCAUACUAAAAAUAAUAAUAUUGAUCAAGAGGGUCAUACUAAAAAUAAUAUUAUUGAUCAAGAGGGUCAUACUAAAAAUAAUAAUAUUUAUCAAGAGGGUCAUACUAAAAAUAAUAUUAUUGAUCAAGCGGGUCAUACGAAAAAUAAUAAUAUUGAUCAAGCGGGUCAUACUCCAAAUAAUAUUAUUGAUCAAGCGGGUCAUACUCCAAAUAAUAUUAAUGACCAUUCUGAUCAUACUCCAAAUAAUAUUAAUGACCAUCACAGCAAUAAUAAUUAUGAAGAAGAAAAAAAAAUAAAUACAAACGAAAACAUGCUGAAAGUAGAAAAUUUAUGCUUAAAUUAUAGAAAUGCAAUAAAUCAUAUAAUUUUAUAUAUUAAAAGUAAAAUAUUCCAAAGAUUUAGAGACAUAUUAGAAAGGGAUGGACAUACAGAAAUAUUCACACCAAAAUUUAUAAAAAUUAAAGAAUCUGAAAAAAAACAAUCUUUUGAUAUAAAUGAAAAUAAUUAUGAAGAAAUAGAAGAUAAUAAUAUAGAGAAUAAUAAUUCAUCAGAAAAUAAUAAUAUAAAUGUUCAAUUAAUAGGAUCUGAAGGAGGUUGUAAAUGUUAUAAGCUGGAGGGACAAAAUAUUGUAUUAUCACAAAGUCCACAAUUAUAUAAACAAAUGCUAAUAAAUUCGGAUUUUGACAAAGUUUAUGAAAUAAAUUAUUGUUAUAGAAAUGAAAAAUUUCAUACCUCAAGACAUUUAAAUGAAUUUAUGUCUUUAGAUAUUGAAAGAGUAAUAUAUGAUAAUUACUAUGAAAUUAUUAUAUAUAUGUAUAAUAUCUUAAAAAAUAUCAAUACAUAUAUAAAUAAUACCUAUUCAAAUGAAUUAAAUAUUUUAUCAUCUUUUUAUAAUAAUAAUAAUACAUAUACAGCUAGCCAAUUUUCAGAUAAUCCAAUAGUCAUUUCUUUUUCUGAAGCUCAAGAUAUAUUAGAUAAGUAUUAUAGAAAUAAUAAAAACGAUAUAUUAUUACAUCAACAAAACAAUAUGAAUAACAAAGAUACAUAUAUAUAUAAUAAGAAACAUAAUAAAUAUAUAAAAAUAUUAAAUGAGCAAGAAAAAAAAAAUAUGGAGAAAAAAAUUAUGUUUGAAUCAUCUCAAAAGAAUAAAUUGCAUAAUAUAUAUUAUUACAAUAAAAUAUUAAAAUAUUAUAAAAUAAAUAAACAAAAAGAUAUAUUUAAGUAUGAAACUUAUGAUAUAGACAAGGAAUAUAAUAAAAUGAACAAAUAUAAUGAUACAUAUUAUCAAUUUUUAAAUACUUAUAAUAAAGAUGAAUUUUAUAGACAGUUAUUAUUAUUUUUUAAUAACAUGUAUGAUAAGUAUGAUGAGGACAAAAAGAAACUACAAGAAAAUAAUGACAAGGAAUUAAAAAUACAAAAUGAGAUAAUAAAUGGUCAACAAGAUGGUGUAAAUUUUAAAUGUUAUGAAAGUGAUAAUAAUAAUAAUAAUAAUAAUAAUAAUAAUAAGGAUGCAUAUAUUAAAACCAUGUAUGAUUUUAUAAACAUUAUAAAUAAAAAAAAAAAAAAAACAUAUAAUAAAAAAAAUAAUAAUAAUAAUAAUAAUAAUAAUAAUGAUGAUGAUGAUGGUAAUAUAUUCAUUACAGAACCUUUAUCAUAUAAUAAUUUAAAAAAUAAAUAUAUUUUAUAUGACGAUUUUACAAAUGACGAAUUAAAUUAUCUUUAUUUAUUUAUAAAAAAUAAUUUCUAUAGUGAUAUAUUUAUUAUAGAUCAGUAUCCAAUAUUUUUAAGACCAUAUUAUACAUGUAGUAAUAUGUAUGAUUUAAGAUUUUCUAAUAGUUAUGAUUUUAUAUAUAAAGGUAUAGAAAUAAUAUCUGGAAGUCAACGAAUUAAUAACUUACCAAUAUUACUUUUUAAAACAUUAAAAGAAAAUAAACUAAUAUCCUUGUCAACUUAUCUUCAUAAUCAAAAUAAUUUUUACUUACUAAAUUAUCUUAAUAAUUUCAAAAAAUUAAUAAACAAAAAAUCAACAAUUUAUAAAUAUUUUAAUUCUUUUCAGUAUGCCUCAAAACCACAUGGAGGAUUAGCUCUAGGCAUAGAAAGAUAUCUUAUGACUCUCUUAAAUAUAAACAAUAUAAAAAAUGUUACCUUAUCCGAAUAA